AUGGAUUUCCCCUUUCAGUUCUCAGCAACUGCUGUACUUGUUCUGUUUGCCUUUAUUACGCCCUCGAUCUACUAUUUGUUUCGGAUUCCAGGAAAGGAGAUAAGCAAGAAGAGAGCACCGCCGGAAGCUGCCGGUGCAUGGCCCCUUAUUGGCCAUCUCCAUCUACUAGGAGGCUCACAACCACCCCAUAUAACGUUGGGAAACUUGGCUGACAAGUAUGGUCCGAUAUUCACCGUCAAGCUUGGAGUCCAUCGAACUUUGAUAGUGAGUAACUGGGAGAUGGCCAAGGAGUGUCUAAGGACCAAUGACAAAGCUUUCGCAACUCGACCUAAAACUCUUGCAAUGGAUAUCUUGGGCUACAAUUACAGCAUGCUUGGUUUUAGCCCCUACGGAACUUAUUGGCGUCUGAUACGCAAGAUAGUCACUCUUGAGGUUCUCUCUAAUCAUCGACUGGAGAUGUUCAAAAAUGUUCGAGAGGAUGAGGUAAGGGAUGCUGUAGGAGCGUUAUACCAGCAAUGGAUCAGGAACAAAAGUAAUUCACAAAAGCUUUUGGUGGAGAUGAAGAGAUGGUUUAGUGACAUAACUUUAAACGUUAUAUUGAAGAUAAUUGUUAGCAAGCGAUAUGUGGAUUAUGGAAGCCGUGGAGAGGAAAAGCCGAGCCAUGAAUGGGGAGAUUCAAUAAGAACAUUUUUAGAAUUGGCAGGUAUGUUUGUAGUGUCCGACGCACUUCCAUUUUUAAGAUGGUUGGAUUUGGGAGGAGUUGAGAAGGCAAUGAAAAGGACAUCAAAAAAUCUAGACCAUGCGGUUGAAAAAUGGUUAGAAGAGCACAAGCAGAAGAAAGCUUCUGGGACAGCUAAGGGAGAAGAAGAUUUCAUGGAUUUGAUGCUGUCCGUUUUGGAUGAUGGUAAAGAGCUUUCUAAUCGCAGUGCUGAUACCAUCAAUAAGGCUACAUGUCUGACUCUUGUUCUAGCAGCAGCAGACACCACAUCAGUUACAUUAACUUGGACUCUCUCUUUACUACUAAACAAUCGCGAGGUCUUAAAGAAAGCACAAGAUGAACUAGACAUCCAUGUUGGUAGAGAAAGGCAAGUGAAGGAGUCUGACAUGAAAAACUUGGUCUACUUACAAGCUAUUAUCAAGGAAACCUUUCGUUUAUAUCCCGCUGCACCACUGUCUGUACCCCAUGAAUCCAUGGAGGAAUGUACCGUAGGUGGCUAUCAUAUUCCUGCUGGCACGCGCCUAUUCACAAAUCUCUCAAAGAUUCACCGAGAUCCACAAGUGUGGUCGGACCCUGAUGAGUUUCAACCAGAAAGGUUUCUGACUACUCACAAGGAUUGUGAUUUUCGAGGCCAACAUUUUGAGUUGAUUCCAUUUGGUAGCGGAAGAAGAAUGUGCCCUGGAGUCUCGUUUGCCCUUCAAGUCCUGAACCUUGCACUGGCUACUUUGCUGCAUGGGUUCGACAUAGAGACUCUGGAUGAUGCACCGAUUGAUAUGACUGAAACCGGUGGAAUAACCAACGUCAAAGCCACACCUCUAAAAGCCCUUCUCACUCCUCGUCUUUCUCCUGGCUUGUAUGAUCUGUAAUAAAUAUGGAGCACCCCGUGCUUCCCUGGCAUCUGCUGCAUCUAAAUCCUUAUUAUAUAUACUAGCGUGCUAAUUAAUGUAACCUCUAUAUAAAUAAAAAUCAUUAGCACUCAUCCAUUAGUCCA